AUGCGAAACAUCCGCCGCAGCGCGCUCGAGAAGCUUGCUACGCUUUCUGCCGCGUCGCCAGCCCCCGAAUCUGGCAGUACGGACUUCAAGCGCCUGUAUCGACUAUGCCCGCCUCACGCGCAGGCCAAUGGCGGCCAUGACGAGCUCGAUGGUGCCCGCGGAGGUGCGGCGAGGGUGCCUAUGAGCUUGCCCGAACUCGAAACCCUCCUCGCUCUGUGCAAAGCUGCGCCCAAGGUCGUCGAUGUUGCAACCGCCGAACAGCUUCUAAACCAGCUCACCCCCUAUCUCCCCGAAUCGUUCGCCCAGGCCAUUGCGCCUUCGCCGUUCCUCCGAGACCUUGACCCCUCGCCAUGGGAGAUCUUGACCCAAAGCCUGACCUUCGCCAUCUUGUCUCUGGGAAAGAACCAUGCGGAACUUAAGGAGGUUGCCGUCGCAGCAGUGAACAAGUACGUGGCGGAGUGGUCGGCCUCCGCAAAGUCCUUGACCGGGGAGCAUAUGAACAAGGAGGAUGCCGUGGACAAUACAACCGAUGGAGAUGUUGGCCGUGUUCUUUGCUUGGCCAUGUCUAUGCUCGGUUUCCUGAGCUCCGCUUCGGCGUGGUCGUCUAUCUGGGACCCUGCCGAAAUGCUCGACCUGAUCCAAAAUUUGCGCACCGCACUGUCUGAGAAACUGAUGAUUGCGGUCGAGGCUUCCGUCUCGAAUGUCUUGUAUGGAAGCAACUCCAAGCGGAUGCUCCGGGAAUGGCGCCGUCAUGCCAAACAUUACGCUGCCAUGGGCCGUCCUCUCGGUGCUCUCAUCCUUCAUCAUGGCCUCAUGCAAGUUGUUGUCGCAUGCACGGCGACCGUUGCUACCCCUUCUGAGCUGGACUCCAACAAGCCUGUUUUGGAUAGACUUCAAAACGCCCAGGCACUGCCUCAGCUUUUGGAUACGGGGGCCCAAAAUCUGCUCGAGAAUGUUGCUGGAAUUGCCGAGGAAGAGCUUGAGCGGAUCAACGCCGACUCGGAGUAUGUGAAGCGUGUAGGAACGGUUUGGCAACAGCAUAUUGCCCACGCCGUCCUAGCCGAUGCCCUUGUCACGUACCUGUGCUGCGCCGUGCUCAACGAAGAGAUUGCCGACUCCGAAAAGCUUAUGGACGUGCUGGAGUCCACCCUCUCAGACGACAUCCUUGCAGCCGAUGAGAUCCUGGCUUGCGUUGUGCUGAAGAGUAUGUCGGUCUUGGGCAAAUCCUCGCCUGAUCACGCAUCUCACCUGAGCAAGUCUUUGCCACGCAUAAUCGUCCAGGGUGGAUUGAAGGAGGGCACUUCAGCCGUUGCUGCCGAUUGCCUGGCCAGUGUUCUCAUGCAUCUUCCACAAGACGCUGUCAUCACGACAUUGUAUAGCCUUGGUAAUGUUCUUAGUGGAAAGCAAGCGCCGGAUCGCACGAAUACUGGCCUGUCUCAGCUCAACGGAAGUGCAAAAACCAACGGUACCUUGCAAACACAGCAUCAGGCAGGCAGUAGCAUUUCACUAGCUCCUGCUGAUGUCGACGAACCUUCGCAUGUCUAUGCUACUGUUAUUCAAACCAUCGUCGGCGUGGCUUGCCGAUGCAAAGAUCAAAAGAUCUCUGAGCUUGCACUUUCGAUGCUGGUUCAGAAGAUUGGCAGGGUCAGCAUUUCUGUCGAUGCCAUAAUCAUCAUCGAAAGUUCCUUGCUUGGCGCUCAUUCCGGUCCAGGAGAGCUUAGAGCUCUUCUCAAACUAUACUCUAGACUCGCUCGCGAUGCGAUUGUCCAAGACAACCAUGUGCUUCUGGACGCGGUCAUGAGAGGAAGGUGCCAUCUCUCCAAGGAGUUCAAAGUUGGACAGCCACUGUUUGAUGUCUACUUACAGUACGUGCUUGACGAUAUUGUCAGCAAGGGUGAUGCACAUGGUCCUGAGGCCACUCCCAUGGCGGAUACCGAAGUCGCCGCCCAGGAAAUUGCACAGCUUCUGAAUCCGCUUGCGAUCUUGAUCUCCUCCAAUGCUGAAGGCCCGGAGGAGUACAUCGAGGACGAAGCUAUCGUCAGCCUGCAACGAGAUGCGUGGUUCAACGUUGCUGUCCACGGGUUCAGUUUGACCUCACCCUUGGGCAAGAGAUACCUCAACGAGCUUCGGAUACUUGCUCAACAUAGCAAGCCUUUGGUUUCCGAAUCCCGGGCCGAUCAGCUUGAGAGCGAUGUGGAGCUCAACACUGUUCUCAGACGUGGCAAGAGCGCGGAGCAUAUCGUCGAACAGAAACGCCGUCUUCAGGAACUGCUCCCCGCGUGCGAAGUAGACAUCAAAUCGCUAGGUUACCCUGAGGUUGUCUUCCUUAACACGGUGCAUCUCGUCGAGGGUCUUCGUGCUAGCACUGGCGACUGCACAAAGACGCUGACAUACUUUUUGGAUCCCCGGCUCCGCAACAAGGAAAUGGGUAACUGUAUGGUGGCUAUUGCCGAGGCAGGUGUUCGCUCAUACCUGAAGAAAACUGUCUCAGGCGGGUUCCAGUCCUUUUCUGCUCCCUACGUAGCCCAACAGCUUGCCAUCUUCUUCACCGGCUGCUGUCACAGGGUUCUGCAGGCACAAAAGGUUGCUAUCCACUGUGCCGACAUUAUCAUUCAGCAGGUACCAUCUGCUCUCUGUCAGCGCGCUUCGCUCUUUGCUCUCCUCGAGCUUCUCAGCAUGAUGUGGAACAGCUGUCUUGAGAAGGAGAUAGAUGAGUAUGGGUGGUCCUCGACCUUCAGGUCAUCCAGGGAGAACAUCUCCAUCGAGCUUUCGGACAACUACAGCUUCCGCAGGAACACAUUGAUCCAGCUUCAGAAUCGGGCCAGAGUCUGGGUUUUGAGCGUGAUGGACAUUGCUCCGCUCGAUAUCAAGGGACUCCUGCAGACCUAUCUAUCGGAGUACGAUGACGACGGUGCCUACGGGCAUGUCUCUCUUGGACGGUCGUUCGCACUGGAGAUGGGCUCCGUCAUUCCAUCGACGGACCAGCGCCUCGGUGCCAUUGACAGAGAAAGAGAGCUGAACAUCAACACAGCGUCCGACUUCGUUGCUCAGUACACCAACCGCCAAGAGUACCGCUACGUGGAGCCCAUGACGGACUUUAACGAUGACUGGAUUCGCUUCGGCAACGAUUCUGAUCCUUUGAUGCGCCGCAACAAGCAAUACGACCGCAGCGUAGAGGAUGCGCGAAGGGUGCUUCUUGACUUGGAGCAACGCACCUUGAGCCGCAAGCAUGUUUCGAUCGCAGAGCUUCGUGAUGCUCUGAGGCGAGCUGCUGCUCUUCUUUGCAGGAGUCCAAAGGACGAAUGUGCCAUUGCCCACCACGUUGUUGGGAUUCCUUUCGCCGUGUUUAACAAACAGUCCAUCAAACUCGGUAUUUCCUUGUGGCUUAGCAUCAUCAAAGAAAACCCACGCAUGGAAUCCAGAAUCCUUGUCGAGAUCGCUGAGAACUUUGAAAAGACGGUUCGGCGGAGACUUGGCCUCUUUGAUGAGCAUUUCCACCACCCGGAUCCUUUCUUCGUCAAGCAAGAAUUCGCCCAAUCGGAUCGGAAUGCUAUCAUGAAACGCCAGCAGCACGCCUACAACCUAAUUGCUCCUCAUUUCCGGCUUCUGCAAUUCCUUGAGAGUCAUUUCAGCGCAACACGCCUUGGGAGCCCACACGUUGAGCGCGUCUACCAUCGUCUCAUGCACAUCACUUUGUCGGCAAUGAGCCACACCACAAACCAUCCUUUGACGCGUGAGGCUCACUUCCAUGUUGUUCUUCUCGGUCUACGCAUUCUUCAGUACAGUACCGGUUCCAACACGUCUGGCCAGUGGAGGUUGAAGGACCGCAUCCUCUCUGCCGCCUUGGCAUGGUUCAAGGAUAGGCCGAGGUGGUCUUUCGGCGGCAACCGUUUGCAAAUCAAAGCGGAAGCUCAGGUUCUGGUCGAUAUUCACAACGCCCUCCAGAACGUUGCCGGGAUUGGUCUGAACACCAAUGGGCCCAGGAAGAGUCUGCACGCCAAGCAGGAGUUGCUGUUGCUCCUGCUCGCCAGCGAGCAUCAGCGUCUGAUGGUCUGGCUGUUCCCUCUGGAGCAGGACAGGCGCCUCCACCUGAUGCCUGGUCACUCGGGAAAGCCUCCUACCGACGCAGUCUUGUCUGGUCUACUCAAGACAGCUUGGACCGAGGAUCCGGCUAUUGCGGUGCAAUUAGUUUUCAGGUUCAACUCGCUGAGGCUGGCGACCGAGGUCCGUUUCUUGGUUCUCAACUUCCCUGAGAAGGUACUGGACCAGCCAGAUGCUCUGGAGGUGCUUCUUGGGAAGUCAUUACCCGAUGAUGUCUCGUUCCAGCUCAAGUAUCUGAUGUACUGGGCCCCGGUCAACCCGAUGACUGCCAUCACGUAUUUCCUCCCUGCAUAUGGUAAUCACCCGUUCAUCAUCCAGUAUGCUAUGAGAGCAUUGGAAAGCCACUCGGUCGACAUCACUUUCUUCUACGUCCCGCAGGUUGUGCAGACGCUUCGUUACGACGUCCUUGGCUACGUUGAGCGCUACAUCAUCGAGACGGCCAAGUUCUCCCAGUUGUUCGCCCAUCAGAUCAUCUGGAACAUGAAAGCAAAUGCGUUCAAGGACGAGGACUCCUUGAUUCCUGACCCUGUCAAGCCGACCCUUGACGUUGUCAUGGCAAGCCUCGAGAACAGCUUCAGCCCCGAGGACCGUGAAUUCUACGAGCGCGAAUUCACUUUCUUCAACGAGGUCACGGGUAUUUCUGGCAAGCUCAAGCCCUUCAUCAAGAAGAGCAAGCCGGAGAAGAAGCAAAAGAUUGAGGAGGAACUUCGCUCGAUCAAGGUCGAAGUUGGCGUGUAUUUGCCCAGUAACCCAGACGGUGUUGUCGUUGGAAUUGAUCGGAAGUCUGGUAAGCCCCUGCAGAGCCACGCAAAGGCUCCGUACAUGGCGACUUUCCGCAUCCGCAAGGAGAGGACUGAGAUCCUACCGGUGGAGGAAGACGGCAGCGAUGAAGGGAAGAAGGAGGAGGACUACUACGAGGUAUGGCAGUCGGCCAUCUUCAAGGUCGGAGACGACUGUCGUCAGGACGUGUUGGCGCUGCAGAUGAUUUCGGCUUUCCGCGGCAUUUUCAACGACGUCGGCUUGGACGUGUAUGUCUUCCCGUACCGCGUCACGGCCACUGCGCCCGGCUGCGGUGUCAUCGACGUCUUGCCCAACUCCAUCUCUCGUGACAUGCUUGGCCGCGAAGCAGUCAACGGGCUCUACGACUACUUCGUCUCGAAGUACGGUGGCGAAGACUCGAUUCGCUUCCAAGAAGCCCGCAACAACUUUGUCAAGUCGAUGGCGGCGUACAGCAUCAUCUCAUACCUGCUCCAGUUCAAGGAUCGCCACAACGGUAACAUCAUGAUCGACGACGCCGGCCACAUCUUGCACAUCGACUUCGGAUUCUGCUUCGACAUUGCACCGGGAGGCAUCAAGUUCGAGCGGGCGCCGUUCAAGCUCACGCAAGAAAUGGUGGCCGUCAUGGGCGGCUCCACGGAUUCGCAGCCGUACCGAUGGUUCGAGGAGCUGUGCAUCAAGGCGUUUCUGGCGGCGCGCCAGCACUGCGAGCACCUGGCGCACAUCGUCAUCGUCAUGCUGGACAGCGGGCUGCCAUGCUUCAAGCCCGAGACGGUCCAGCACUUCCGCGAGAGGUUCGUGCUGGACAAGACGGAGAGGGAGGCGGCAGACUUUAUGCGUUUCUUGAUCAAGAAGAGCUACAACAGCCUGUCGACGGGACAGUAUGAUAGGUUCCAGCUGCUGACCAACGGCAUUCCGUACUAG